GCGCGUUUCUAAUGGUUAUAUGUAAACAAUAUGGCGGACUUGGGAUGAAACUUAUAAUGAAGGAAUAAGCUGAAGCUGAUUAGCAAUGUAGAUAAGAAAGUAAACUAAAACACACGAUGACGGAGGCGACAUCAGAGACCCCUGAGUCUGGUCUGGACAUGCUAGACGGUCUGGAGAGGGAGGAGCUGAGUGAAACACCAAACCCCAUUAAGAGAGACGACAGCUUCAUGAGCAAGGGCUCCGAAGAAGGGCUCAUUGAUGGCGUGUUUGAUGUAAAACUCUCAGAGGUGACUGAGGACCCUAACCAGGUGAAUGUGCACCAGUUCUACCCACAGCUCGAACACCAGUUCAUGAAGGGACAUGGCGGCCAUGGCGACCAGAGACUGGCUAUAGCUGGCAGUGUGUCAUCAGGCUGGGUACCGGACUCUGCCAUGGACAGCAGGGCACUGGUUCCCAGUACCAACUCAGCAGGGACACCCUGGUCCAAGGAUGAUGAGAACAACUCAUCCGACCCACAGUUCACGUAUCUCAUGGAGCGUUGGAGACAAAGUGUCGAGCAUGAGAGUAGAAUGAGUAGGAAAUCCCAGCAGACUCAACAGGAAGACAAGCCCAGCCAGAGCUCGGAGGCCCACAAGGUGUCAGCCCCGGGGGGUCCUGAGGGGGCAGGAGUGGACAGUCCCAAGGGGGAUGGGGAUGAUGGCCUGGAGAGUGUGUUCAGCACAGCGGUGGAUGAGCAGACGCUGGCGGAGGCAAAGGAGCGGCGGGGCCAGGGGGCGGGGCGACCUGGGGAGACGGGCAUCUUCCAAACAGAGAAGUGGGGCAUGGAGAAGCCUCCCCAGCCAAGUCUCAAACAGAUCAUGGAUGACACAGCCAUGAAACACUUUACAAAAGCAUUGAAGCUGAAGGAAGAAAAGAACUAUCAAAGUGCUAUAUUGUUUAUCAACAAGGCAUUAACAAUACACAAAGAUGAUGUGCGGUUCUAUGUAGAGAGGGCAGAAGCUUAUCUAAACCUGUGUGACUUCCAGUCAGCCAUUUUAAACUAUAAAAAGGCGUGUCUAAUGGCCCCCUCAAACCAGGAGUAUUAUGAGAGAUUGGCAUUCUUGUAUUUCUUCCAAGGCCAGUCUCUGUUUGACCAGAGAUUGUACCCAGAAGCCUUGGAGGCAUUCUCACGAUCAGCGGAAAUGUGCCCAGAUAACAUUGGAUAUCACAUACGCAGCAUCACAUGCCUGGCAGCCCUACAGAGACAUGGGGAGUGUCUGGCCCUGGUGAAUAAGCAGCUAGAGACCGACAAGAACAACGCUGACCUCUACAUUAUGAGGGCCAGGCUACAUGAAAUGUUCAGAAAUACAACACUUUGCUACUAUGAUGUGAAGGACGCGCUGGGUAUUGACCCCGACCACGUUGAGGCCUCACACAUGAUGGCCCGCCUAGAGACUGUUGCUAGGGACAACCGUCGCCAGGCCAUGCACCUCAACCUCAUGUCCAAACACAGAGAGGCACUCCAGAAGAUCUCCAUUGCCAUAGAAACAGACCCGGCAGUGGCAGACUUCCAUGUUCUCAGAGGUGCUCUACACAGAAAGCUGGGAGACUACAACGCAGCUAUAGAUGACUUUCUGUUGGCUCUGGACAAGUGUGACCACGAGGAGGAGAGUCCAGUCUACAUCGACUCUCAGAGACAACUGCUGCUCACUUACAACGACUUCGCAGUUGAGUGCUUCUCCAAGGGAUUCUUUGAGGAGGCCAUCAUCCUCUUGAACAAGGCAAUCAAGGGAGAGAAGCGAGAAAAAGGACUCUAUGUCAACAGGGGAGAUUGUUUCUUUCGUCAAGAUGAGUUCAGUUUUGCGAUGCAGGAUUAUGAGCAGGCCCUGGAGAUGGACCCUUCUGACGAUACCAUCAAGUCUAGAAUCUCUGUGAUACACAACGAGUUUGGUGUGCAGGCCUACCAGGACAAGAUGUUCCCGGUAGGUUGCCACGGUUUCAGCCAGGCUCUGGAGUUUCACCCCAAGGUUGGCCAGUACUACAUCUCCCGGUCACGGGCCCGAUACAUGAUGGAGAACAUGACGGGUGCGCGAGGUGACUUGAUCAUGGGUCUACUACUGGACCCGGACAAUGAGGACGUCAUCUCCAUCCUGUCCCGUCUGUUCCCGGGCAAGUCUGUGGGUGACGUGCUGGCCAGCAGGGCAGCUGAGAGUGCCAAGAUGGCCAUCAGGAACAUCUUCCACCCUCCCCGAUCACAGCAGACACAACAGGAGGGGGAGGAGGAGUCUGUUGCUAGUGGAGAUGAGGAGGCAGCAGAUGAUGUACAGUCUGAGAAGCAGGAGGAGCCCGAGUUGUCAGGUGUGACAGGGAACGGCGCAGAGGCAGUGUGGAAACCUGGCACCGCAGUCUCCGAGUUCAGAUUCAUGAUGGACGAAAAGGAGUUCAACAUCAAACUAGUGGAACUAAAACAAACUGUAAAUUCCAAAGUGAAAACAGCAUUACUGGACAGGAAGUCCCUGAAGUAUGAUGGUCCCCGUAUGCAGCCCCUUCCUCCGCCCCAGCCGAAGCCCUCGUACGGGGGGAGGGGUAUACGUAAAGAAGGCGUAAUCACAACCCCUGGCAAACAGAGUAGCACAAACUGGCGAACCUUCAGUAUGGGAAUAGGACUGGGGGGCAACUGAGCAUAGUCACAGGGGUAAUACGAGUCGCGCUCUGGGUAAACAGGGCUUAAUGCAUGUGCAUAUAGUGCUGUCUUAGAUUAGCCUGUGCAGUUUACAAAGGCUAGCAAUGACACCGCUUUUAUGAAAUUGUUCAUUUAAAUAAAGUCUCUUGCAAACAAAAGUACAGUUAAGUCAGAAAGUGUUGUCCCAGAUUAGCUUGUGCAGUGUGCACAAUUUUACGCACAUGCAUUAAGCCGUGAUUUCCGAGAGCGCAGCUAAUAUACAUGUGUUGACAUGUGCAGUGUAUAAGUGCCUUGCCUGUGCCUCAAAAAACACUUAUUAUAAUAAUAAAUUAUGUGGUUCAUAAAUACAAAUGUUUGAGUUUGUCACAUUUUUUUACUUGUCACAAUGUAUAAUUGUUUCACCCACUGACUUUGUCUACCAUUUAUAAAUUAAUAGUGAAUAUUGUAUAUCCCUGUAUAUAGUUAAAGAAUGCCAAAAUAACUUCCUUUAUGAAAUGUGCCAGUAAACACCUGGUAGAAUAAAUAUCUGUGUGUGCUGCAGACAUGUGUAAAUAGUAAUUAUCUGUUAAAGAAUUGUUAAUGAGAUUUGAAGCAAUAGCUUAAAUUAUUCCUGCAUUUGAGAUAUUCCACCAGGUCAUGUUUUAUGAGUAAGUGCAGUUGUAUCAUUGUAUUCAUGUUAUUAUUUUAAGUUGUUGAAUACAACUAGCUACUUUCCUUGUACUGUGAUAUUAGAUAACGUAUUUACCUUAUGUAUGCAUUUGUUUUGUGGUUUCAAAAACAACGAAGGCAAUUAAAGUUUUAAAAUACCA